AUGGCGUCCGCCCAGGUCCUGCAGCAACCCCAGCAGCCGCUCUCCCUCGCAGCCGCCAUGUCUUCCAUCCCCAUCUACGCGUCCCCUGCCCCUGUCCCUUGCCCUCCCCCGCACCAAACGCCCUCGGUCCCGCACGCGCAGCCGUCCAUCGGAACUGGAACAGCAUCCGCGUCUGGUAAACGCGAGCCUGCCGGCGGGUACACCUUCGCGUUCGCGCGUGUCAAGGGCGAGCUUUGUCUCGUGCAAGUAUCCUCAUCCACCCCCGUCUCCGCCCUCACCCCCCUCGACAUCAAGCUCUUCCGGCACGAGUUCAUCUCCAUCUUCCGCUUCGCCGGCGCCCGCACCCUGCACCCCGCCGACAUCGCCAUCGUCGAGCCCAUCGAUGAGAGACUGACCAAGUACGAGGAGGAGAACGAGACGGUGUUCUUGGCGCGGGGUGUUAUGGAACGGAUGAGGCGGUUGAGUGGGGUGGGUGUGGGAGGGGGGCGCACGCGAUAUGCGCCGGCCCAGCGAACGCGCCAACGAUAG